AUGGAAGGUUUGAUUCCAUAUCUUAUUCAUGCCAUCAAGAAGCAGAAACCUCAUCACCGUAGCUUCAACAGGAGUGUCUCUCAUUCUGGAAGCAUAAACCGUAGCUACCACUUGCUAUUGGAAUCUGACUCCGCCACAGGAUCUUCUCAUAGAAGAACCAGAUCUGAUUUUCAGCAACCCACAAGUGAGUUCUUGGAGCAUAGAUUUGGUGUUGAUGGAGUUUUGGUUAGCCCCAGAGGCCUCACUGUCACAGCUCUGCCACCUACUACUGCUAAUGCUACAGCUUCUCAUCAUGCUAGCCAACAACCCUCAAAGAAUUUCAACAACAUUCGCAAUCACAAAUGA